AUGCAAAACAAUCAGUUAACGGUUGCCAUUAUUGGCUGUGGUACCUUAGGGACUGCAAUUGCUGCUGGUAUUCUUAACCCCAAAGACAAAGCUUUCCAAAUCAACCGCCUCAUCUGUACCGUCGGAACGGAACCCUCUCGUAUCCGCCUUGAAGAUGCCCUCUCCGAUCACAAAUCACGACUCACGGUUUUCACUGCGAAUGAAAACAUCCGCGAAGUCCAGGAAGCUGAUGUGGUUCUACUGGCAUUUAAGCCCUUUAAGAGAGACGAUGUAUUCGCAGUUCCCGGUUUCAAGGAGGCUUUGCAGGAUAAAUUCGUCCUUAGUAUCAUGGCCGGCAUUACCACCGCUGAAUUGAGCCGCCUAACUUUUGGAGAAAGCCAUGACUCAAACAAUCAAUCGCUUCAGUCUGUACGUGCGAUGCCCAAUAUGGCGACAAGGAUCCGAGAAGCUGUGACAUUGUACACCUCCAGUCCUGCCACCACCAAGGAGAACCUCGAGCUCGCAUCUUGGGUAUUUAGCCAGGUCGGCGAAGCCCAUCAGAUUCCAGAGAAAUCGUUUGAUAUUUGUGCAGUCUUGGUCAAUUGUGCCGGCUCGCUGCUGCUUCUUGCCAUCGAUGGAUUGCUGGAUGCUGCUGUCGCCGAGGGUGUGAGGCGACCCGAGGUACAGAACUUGGUGGUGAACAGUGCAAUUGGUAUGAUGAAAUUGGUACCUGCAGGAGACCAUCCGGGUGUGCUACGAGAGAAGAUUGCCUCUCCUGGAGGCUGCUCUAUUCGAGCUCUCUUGGAACUGGAAAAGCUAGGUGUUCGUUCAGCGUUCACAAGUGCCAUCCUGGCAGCGGCGGAAAAAUCCAAACAGAUGUCUUCUACACGUUGA